AUAUACUCUUGUUGAUGCUCUCGUAUUUUAGUAAUCAAUAAGAUUAUUACAUAUACUUAUAACACCUUAUCUCUCAUUUAAUAAUAAAAUUGAAUAAAAUUAUUGAAUAAAUUUUAUUUUAUCGAUGGUGAAAUCUUCUAGCAGUGCCCAGCUUCGGAGCGUUAUUAUUCAUCGAUUUAUUCGAAAUGGCAAAUUUCGUAAUCAGUACGAUGCCAGAUUUUCAGCAUUGCGUCUGCGUUCAUUUCCUGCUUGUUCAUACUCCCACGCGGCCUGCAACGCACGUUUGCAACCCCCGUACAGAAAAUGAAACUUGCCAGUUCUCUAACUUCACACCAAAAAUUUGAUCAUUUCUCAUUUUUGGCCAGCAAAAGCAAGUGCCUGUAACUUUGCAAAAGUCCUGAUUAACUUUCCUACCGACCGCUUGCAUCAGAACGCUUGAAUUUUCUUAUUAGGAGUCGAACUCAAAUAUUUUGGUUGGCUGUUGACAUAUACGAUUUGCUCAAGUUUUUCACAAAAUAAACCUUUCAGUGUACUUGUCUAAAUACUCAACAGCUAUUCUUUAUAAUUCGUCUGCACAGCUCGAACACAAUCUGACAUUAUACAUAUGAGCCUUCUAACACGAACAAGAUUUAUUUUGAUAGCGGAGUGGUCCUAUGUCGUGAGUGUCGAAUUUCCAAUGUUGUCUUCACCAGCCCGAGGAUCAUGGAGCCUUCGCUUUUAACAGAAACGUGGCAAGUUUUUUUACGUAAUCUUUUGCAUAUUCUUGAAACAGAUGAAACAAAUUCUUGCUCGCGAUGAUAGAGGCCGAAAAUCGUAUUUUUAACAUUGCCUCGUAAAACUGAUUGUUCACAAAUAUUUAUCGAUUUCAGAAAACAUUUGAAUCAUACGGAAUUCGAUUAUCAUUUGGAGUGAAUCAAUAUUAUUUAAGAUAUCAUUUGUUGUUUUUUAAACGACAUAGCAAGAAAUCUAAAGUAAAACGCUAAUUUUCGCUGGUGGCCGAGGUUGUUCGGUCGCCUGUCAAUAAAGCGGCAAUACUGGAUUCCUAUUUGCUGUUGGACAAUAGGUGAGGCGGGGUUGCGCGCAGUGUGUGUUUGCUGAAGAGGAUAGCAGAAAACAAUGAACGUUCAUUGUGAAAGCACGGAGAAGAGAGCGUUUGCCGUGAAAGGAGGACAGAAGCACUUAUAAGCCGCCGCGCUCAACACGCAUCGCACUUUGAACCAAAGCAGGCCACGGACCAAACAUAUCAAGAGCUAAGUAUAUUUGCCUUAGAUUAACGCACUGUUUUCGAUUUUAAUGCUCUUUAUUUAUCAACUUGUAUAAAUAGAAGAAUGAUGGAAGGAAUGCAAGUCAUUCAAGACCAAGUUCAAGAAUAUGACGUGAAACCAGUCAUUUCGGGAGCUACGAUGGGUCUUACUGAUUUACCGCCAAGUUCUGGGGCAUCAAAUAAUGCUGAUGAUUCGACUGGAGGUACUCCACCGCCUAGUGGAAAGGGUAAUGGGUCGUACAAACGAAGCUAUCAACAUGCAAAGCCGCCGUAUUCCUAUAUAUCACUGAUAACUAUGUCUAUACAGAACGCUCCUUCCAAGAUGGUAACUCUAAGCGAAAUUUACCAGUUUAUCAUGGACUUAUUUCCAUAUUACCGGCAAAAUCAACAACGAUGGCAAAACUCGAUCAGACACAGUUUAUCUUUCAACGACUGUUUCGUCAAAGUUCCUCGUUCCCCUGACAAGCCAGGCAAAGGCAGUUUUUGGACGCUGCAUCCAGAUGCAGGUAACAUGUUUGAAAAUGGUUGCUACCUUAGACGUCAGAAACGAUUCAAAGCAGAAAGGAAAGCAAAUCUUUCUCAUCUACCAAGACCGGAUAAUUUUGCCAUGAACGGUAUGCCAAAGAUGGAUAUGGGCCCUCCACGAUCUCUCACAACCCCUGGCUUUUUACCCAGUCCUUAUGGACCAUACAGACCAGGACUUCACUCGUUCAACCAUCCAUUUGCUAUCAAAAACAUCAUUGCACCAGAACACGAAGCAGAUUUCAGAUCUUAUGACCCUGGAAUGCAUUUUUCAUACCACCCCUCAACGUUCACGCCCCCGUCGAUGGGUUCUUACCCCAAAAGCAUGGACACUGGCAUUGCAUCGUCGUCAGACCCGGCGUAUAGCAUCGGUAUGCCCUCAAUGGGCGGUAUGAACCAAUAUUACCAGAGUUGUAUGCUGCCUCAGUCAAACGGGCUGGCAUCGAUUUAAUUUGCUCUUGAUAGGAGGCAUUUGCAUAGCAAAUGAGAGGGUAUCUCGCUCACCAUAUGUAAUUUUUAAAUAUUAUCCUUUUAAAAACACUUUAAACUGAAAUCGCCGUAAAUUCGCUGUAUAUAUUACAUUUGUAUAUAUACAUACACACGCGGAGAGGCUGCUCCAUUAGUAUAUUUAAGUAUUAGGGCAUAUCCUAUGCCAACAUGGAAGCGACUAUGAUCUAAAUUCCAAUCAUGCAUCGAUUAUAGUAACAUAUGGUAGUAGGGCUGUUAUUGCAAUUAUGACUAAAAGAAAUUUCAAAACAUGAACUUAUAAAAUAAGAUACACAUAUGUGAUGAUGUUUUCUUUUGAUGAAUUGUAUUUACAGCCAUAUAGCUUUAUCUAUUGCAAAGCAGAUUUAUUGACAACGUGGCCAUGCUUGCAGCUUGCCAUUUUUCCUCCCUUCAGAGGCAUUUGAACCCAUCCAUAUCAAAGUCACACAAUAUUAAGUUGUACUAGUGCUCAUUUGUGUAGGCUAGCUAAUAGUAUGUGUCUGAUCGAUAUCUUGAUAAGGCUUUUGAAAUUCCGCACACUCAGAUGUUUAAUUUUGCAGUAAGAAUACUCAGUUAAAGAUAUGCUGGAUAACGGAUCGUAAGAAUCAUUACGCCAGACUUAAUGCCAUUAUUCCGAUUCUUGUUUUGAUAAAACCGUUGAAAAGCUUGAGAAAAACCGAGAUCCUAGAAUGUUAAUGUUCCGGCGAGCUUUCAAAUCGAUUGUUUUUGAGAUUUUCUUUUAAUCGAGUUAUAGCAUAGAAAUGACACAUCAAAUGCCAGAUGUUUCAAGGUUCUUUCUCGCAUGUUUUUUGAAUUUUCAAAUUUUCAGUUUGAUGCCGACAGUUGUUGUGAUUUUUAUCAAUAUUUUUAGUGCAGAAUUAUAUCUAGUUUUUAUAUGAUAAAGACAAUCAAAUUUAAUUUUCAAUGAUGAUCAAAUUUGUGUAAAAUAUAUAAAGAUAAAUUAUUGAUUUUAUAAACAUGAUUUAGAAAUGAUAUUAAUUGUACUGUAAGUUAGAAUUGUAACCCAAAGUGAUUCGUAUUUGCUGGAUUUAAAUACGAGAGUCGUUGCUAAAUUAUUGUCAUGUUGGUGAAGUUAUUUCGUUCUCAAAUAUUUAAAUUCUUGAAACGUCUUUACGACAAGUCCUUAGACAUGCCUGCUAUGUUUGACCUGAAACUCAAAUCGCAUCGGACAAUAUUGAUAAAGUCAGUGAGAAUUUCAAAUAAUAAACUAGCUGCAAAGUGUUCUGUAAACUUGAAGAUCAUAGAAGCCUUAUUAGCAACCUUUGAGCUAGCAUUUCUUGGAGAUUGAACCAUAAUUACUUGUCCUAACAUUAUUUUAACCCAAAACCAGAGUUUGUUUUGUUAAUUCGGUCUCCCAUCAACAUUGUGGUUCACAGAAAAUAAGAUUAAAGUAAUAUUUUGUUUGAAGUGGGCUGGAAUGUUCCUCGCCGAAAUUAUUGAUUUCACCGUGAUGGGAAGCCUGUGCAAAGGUUCUUUCAAAUAUGUUCUUGUGUUGUUUCCAUCCUUUUGAAAUCGCUUAAUCGCAAAUGAUGAAUCUCGUUAACCUUAGGGUUGAUCGAUGUAUUAAAGCGAAUUGCAAAGGGUUUUCGGAAUGAUUGAUUCGAAAUAUCAAGAAAAGGAAAACCCAUUUAUUUCUGAAAGGAAAUUGGUCGAGAAUUAGAAUAAUUUAUUGCCGGAAUAUCUUAAACCAACCAUUUGGGAUUUUUAAACACAUCUUGGUUAUCUGGCCCAUUGAACAGCUAAGCUAAAGCUACCUGUGCUCUUGUGAAGGUUCAUUUAAAUUUUGUUUUUAAAGCAAGGCUUUGCACUUAAUAGUCAAACUUGCACGUCUUUCGCUUGGUUUCUUUGAAAUCAAUGAUAUUUUAUGCAACAUGAUGAGCCCCCUCCAUUUCAGCUACUGACAUCCUCGAAGCAACUUCAUACCAACAUGAAUUUAUGAGCAAUUAUUUUAGAUAUUCGUCAUCUGUAAACGUUGUUGUGAAUUUUACCUUUUGCCACGUUUACAUAAAAGUUUAUCAACGGCCUAAAAUUUUAGUGCUGUGCUUGUUGUCAUACACUGGGAAAUACUGUAAUGUAAAGUUAUACAUUUUAGAAAAGUUCACGGUAAAUUAUUGUAGAUUGUUUCGUUAUCAAAUAGUACUUUAAAAUGCAAA